GAGAGCGAGUCUGGUUUGGAGGGAAGCAGUAAGAAAAUACUCGUGUAGCUUGACGAUGAAGGUUCAUUGCUCUCUCACUCCUCUCCACUUCACCCACCGCUCCUCACUUCCUCCCCUAAAUCACACCUCCAUAAACCCUAACCUCAAUCCAAUUCACAGCCUAUAGAUUAAUUCCUCCUUUUUCCGCGGUUAAUUUUGAUUCCUAAUUCAUAAUUUCUGUAAAUUAAUUGACAAUUUCGAGCAUGUCGAAGAUGAAGCACCUGCUGCGGAAGCUGCACAUCGGCGAUCACCAGAAUCUGGCGCGGCAGCCGCCUCCAGUGCUCGACCAGCCGGCUCAAACGGCGUCGUCUUCGCCGUCGCCGUCGCCGUCUCCCUCUCCGCUGCCAGAUUUGCCGCAGACGGCGUCUUCGUCGGAGAACGAUGGGACGGGCACGGGCGCUAAUUUCAAUUACCUCGAAGAGGAGUUCCAAAUGCAAUUGGCGCUGGCAAUUAGCGUCUCGGAUCCAGGUCAAACCUGCGUUGACUCGGAAACCGCUCAAAUCAACGCGGUGAAGCAGAUUAGUCUCGGCCGCUCUCCUUCGCAGAGCCUUGCUGAAUUUCUAGCGCUCCGAUAUUGGAGCUGUAAUGUUGUAAAUUAUGAUGAGAAAGUAAUAGAUGGAUUCUAUGAUGUUUGUGGAAUUGAUUCCAGCUCGAUGGUCCAAACCAAAAUGCCAUCCCUAGUAGAUCUCGAAGCGAUAUCUGUUUUGAAUAAUGUUGACUUUGAGGUGGUUUCAGUCAAUCGUAGCGCUGAUACAGAGCUUCGGAGACUUGAAGAAAUAGUGCAUUUUAUGUCCAUGGAGUAUCUCCCUCUAAAUAUGAGCCAGAGAACAAGUUCUCUAGUUCAAAAAAUUGCUGAUCUUAUUGUUGAAAGAAUGGGAGGUCCUGUUAGUGAUGUUGAAGAAAUGUUUUGGAGGUGGAGGGCACGGAGUCAGGAGUUGAGACUCAACUUCAAUACAGUCGUCCUUCCCCUGGGUUCUCUUGACAUUGGCCAUUCACGCCAAAGGGCCUUACUUUUUAAGGUACUUGCUGAUAGGGUUGACAUUCCAUGUAAGCUAGUCAAAGGGAGUUAUCAUACUGGCACCGAUGAAGGAGCUGUAAACUUGAUAAAAUUGGAUAGUGGAAGUGAAUAUAUUAUUGAUCUAAUGGGCGCUCCUGGGGCUCUCAUUCCUGCUGAAGCACCUAGUGGGCGUCUUCAAAACCUUGGGUUGGAUAUCACGACUGCUGCAGCAAUUGGCAUGGGUUCAUUUUCAGCACCUGACCAAGGAGCCAGAGCUGAAUCAUCUUCAACUUCUGGAGAUGAAACGGCCAAAACUGGAAGCACAAGUUUGGACUCAUCUCAGGUUGCUACUGCAUCAAAUAGAAACGGAAGCAGAUUUGCUGGAAUAAUCCAGCCGGACCCGUUGGAGCAUGCUACUGGAGAUUAUCUACCUUCAAGCGAAACAUGUGAAAUGCCAUUGGUUGCUGGCAAGAACACAAAUUUAGUAGAGUUGCGAGUGGAAGAUGUUCCCAGGAAACACGCAGCUGAACAAUUGCGUGUGCCACUAGAUCCGGUGGGAUAUAUGUCACCUUUUGAUACCCAACAUGAUCAAAGAGUGACUUUCAAAGACAGAAAGGAUGAAGUCAUUCCAAAUGACAGUGCGGCAAUUGGUACCGAACUUAUUGAUGCUUCUGGAAAUAAGGAAGCUGUAGACAUAGCCUACACUGACCAGUCUAAUGCUAACAAGAUUCAAAAUAUGCAACUUGAUUCGGCAAUGAAUGGAGUCUCUGAAAUGUUAUGGGAGGAUCUUCAGAUUGGUGAACGCAUUGGUAUAGGAUCUUAUGGUGAGGUCUACCGAGCAGAAUGGAAUGGCACAGAAGUUGCAGUGAAGAGGUUUAUGAAACAAGAUAUAUCAGGUGAUGCACUAGCACAGUUUAGAUGUGAGGUUGAGAUUAUGUUGAGGCUGAGACAUCCAAAUAUUGUUCUUUUCAUGGGCGCUGUGUUACGACCCCCAAAUAUGUCCAUACUGAUGGAAUUUCUCCCAAGGGGUAGCUUGUAUAAGUUGCUGCACCGUCCAAAUAUCCAAAUCGAUGAAAAAAGGCGAAUAAGAAUGGCCAUGGAUGUGGCCAAGGGAAUGAAUUACUUACACACUAGCCAUCCAAUCAUUGUGCAUCGGGAUCUCAAGACUCCGAACCUCCUUGUUGAUAAAAAUUGGGUUGUUAAGGUUUGUGACUUUGGGAUGUCGCGCCUGCAGCACAAUACUUUCCUAUCUUCUAAAUCAACUGCUGGGACGGCAGAGUGGAUGGCGCCAGAAGUUCUAAGGAAUGAACCAUCUAAUGAGAAAUCUGAUGUAUAUAGUUUUGGGGUUAUUUUAUGGGAGCUGGCAACCCUCCGAGUGCCAUGGACAGAAAUGAACUCGAUGCAAGUUGUUGGAGCCGUUGGAUUCCAAGACAGGCACCUUGACAUCCCGCCCAUGGUUGAUCCACUUGUGGCAGAUAUAAUACGCGACUGCUGGAUUCGAAACCCACAGGGACGCCCUUCGUUUGCACAGAUUAUUGCUCGACUCAAAGGUGUGCAUCGCCUUAGCGCGCAGAGAACAACUGAGAGUCGUGAAAACCCAUCUCUGAUGUAACAAUAGCUCAGAACUUGUUCAAAGAACCAGUAGAGCAGGAGUGGGUUUUUAGAAAUUUUCAGAGCUACAGCUGCUGAGGAACAUAAUUGGAUUCGGCAGUGAUUCGUUGGUGAAGCUCAAUGCAACCAGAAUCAAAACCCACCUCGCCUCACCUCGCCUCAACCGGUGGCUCUCAAGUGCAGUUAGGGAAGACAUUGGGGCUGAAAUUCUUGAGAAAAUUUUACAAGGUUUAUGGUUCACCAAUGUAGCUGAGUAUAUGUAUAAUAAAUCUCCUACUUUAGAGAGAGCUAGAGAUGGAUAGGUUGGGAGGUGAGGGGGUGUUGGGUAUUGUUGAGACCAUAAAAGAAGCAACUGUAAAAAAAGGUCUCAGUAGGUUUUGUACCAAAAGAAGAAAAAAAUGACAAAAUUGUUGUUUUUUUCGUUUUAUUUGAGAAAGGCAAACUCUCUUGUUAGUUGUACCUGUUAUAAGUGGGGAAUGCAAAAAUAUCGAAAAAGAAGGUUAUAGUUCA